AUGGCCGAAAUUCUCACCGAAAUUCGAAAAAUCCCGCCAGUGACACGCUUUCUGGUUCUAUCGUCUCUCGGCAUCACCGUCCCAGCCAUUUUGAAUCUCGUACCGCCAUGGAGGCUUGUCUUCAUGUCAGAGGCUAUUAUUAAAGAAUUUGAGUUCUGGAGAUUAUACACAAGUUUCUUCAUCGGAAGUAUGAACCUGAACUAUAUUUUUGAGCUUAUCAUGCUGUACCGCAACUCAAACACGCUUGAAUCAACUCACUACGAGCGCCGUUCCUCCGACUACGCCUGGCAACUCUUUCUGGCUAGUGUCGCUCUGGUCGGCGUGAACCGUCCCAUCCAAUCUUACUCGCAUACCCGCGCCUUGCUUCAUACACUCACCUACUUGAUGUGUUCUCUAUCUGUACCAGGUGCACUAACGAGUGUCAUGGGCCUCAUCACUAUCCCUGUCGCAUACUUCCCAUACGCACUCUUGGGCAUGGACCUCCUCACGGGUGGGACAGGUGCCGCCGCGCAGGGCGUGAGCGGGAUGCUUGUCGGACACGCGUGGUGGUGGCUAGUCUGGGGGCCCGGUAUCGGCUCAGGUGGUGUCGAGCAGGGCAUGUAUGCGGGAUGGGGACGUGCUCCUACGUGGUUGAAGAACUGGUUUGGUGAGCGUAACGAUUAUGGACGCACCGGAAGUAGGAGGGGUGCCGUGCAGGCCUUUGCACCAAGGCAGCGUGCUGAGGAGGCUGCUGCUUCGGGGCGGGUGACGGGAUAUAGCUGGGGGUCUGGAAGGAGAUUGGGGGGGUCGUAG